AUGGAUGGCCCGACUCGCUGCCUCGGGCUCCGGAAAAAGCGCAGGUCUCGGUCCCAGCGCGAUAGGGAGCGGCGCUCCAGGGCCGCCGGAUUGGGGGGCGCCGGGGCGCCCGCGGCUCCCGGGGCCGGGGCCGGAGGAGGGGGCGGCGGCGGAGGGGCUCCGAGCCGGACCCGGGCGCCGCCACCGCCGCCGCCGUCCGUCGCCUCGUCGUCGGGCUCCGAGAAGGAAGACAAUGGGAAGCCCCCAGCCUCCGCGCCGCCGUCCCGACCCCGGCCCCCGCGGAGGAAGAGGAGGGAGUCCACGUCGGCCGAAGAAGACAUCAUCGAUGGAUUUGCCAUGACCAGCUUUGUCACUUUUGAAGCUCUGGAGAAGGAUGUCGCACUUAAGCCUCAGGAACGAGUGGAAAGACGCCAAAACCCCCUAGCCAAGAAGAAACGAGAAGCCCUCACCAAUGGGCUGUCCUACCACUCCAAGAAGAAUCGACUGAAUCAUCACCACCACUACAGCUCAGACCGAGAAAACGACCGGAACCUCUGCCAGCGUCUUGGGAAACGGAGAAAACUCCCCAAAGGACUGCGACAGCUCAAGCCUGGACAGAACAGUUGCCGAGACAGCGACAGUGAGAGCGCCAGCGGCGAAUCCAAGGGAUUCCACCGGACCAGCUCCAGGGAAAGACUUAGUGAUAGUUCAGCUCCUUCCAGCCUGGGGACCGGCUACUUUUGUGACAGUGACAGUGACCAGGAGGAGAAGGUUUCUGAUGCCAGCUCGGAGAAACUUUUCAACACUGCUGUAAACAAAGAUCCAGAGUUAGGCGUUGGCACGCUAACUGAAAAUGACACCCAGGAUGCAGGGCCCGUUGUCCCGAAGAUAUCGGGAUUAGAAAGGAGCCAGGAGAAGAGCCAGGACAGUUGCAAGGAGCCCAUCUUUGAGCCUGUGGUGCCUAAAGACCCCUGUCCUCAGGCAGCUCAGCCAGAGCCUCAGCUUCAGGCCCCAUCCCCAGGCCCGGGCCCUGUCCUGCUUCAGCGCUCAGAAGUUCUUCCUCAGCCGCCACCUCAGGCUCCUCAGCCACCACAGGCCCCUCCAGAAACCCAGCUACAGCCUCCCCCUCAGCCUCAAGUACAGCGGCCGGCCAGGCCACAGUCAUCCACCCAGACUGUUCACCAAAGCCUCCCCUCGGUGCAGCCGCACCCCUCAUCUCAGAACCUCUCCCAGCCGUUAUCUGCUUAUAACAGCAGCAGCCUAAGCCUCAACAGCUUGAGCAGUAGCAGAAGUAGUACGCCUGCGAAGAGUCAGCCCCCACAGUCUCACCUGUCCCACCAUCCCUCCGCCUCCCCCUUCCCCCUGUCUCUCCCCAGCCACAGCCCCCUCCACAGCUUCACACCCACCCUCCAGCCCCCUGCCCACUCUCAUCACCCCAAUAUGUUUGCCCCGCCCACGGCUUUGCCUCCUCCUCCUCCAUUGACAUCAGGGACUCUGCAGGUUCCUGGACACCCAGGAGGGAGCACUUACUCAGAGCAAGACCUCCUACGUCAGGAAUUGAACACACGUUUUCUGGCCUCUCAGAGUGCUGACCGCGGGGCAUCCCUCGGCCCUCCACCCUACCUGAGGACUGAGUUUCAUCAGCAUCAGCACCAGCACCAACACACGCACCAACACACGCACCAGCACACCUUCACGCCCUUCCCACACGCCAUCCCACCCACGGCCAUCAUGCCGACGCCAGCACCGCCCAUGUUUGACAAAUAUCCUACAAAAGUUGACCCCUUCUACCGUCACAGUCUGUUUCAUUCAUAUCCUCCUGCUGUCUCGGGCAUCCCCCCUAUGAUCCCACCUACUGGUCCCUUUGGGUCCCUUCAAGGAGCAUUUCAGCCUAAGACGUCCAAUCCUAUCGAUGUUGCUGCUCGACCUGGAACAGUUCCCCACACUCUCCUACAGAAAGACCCAAGGUUGACAGAUCCGUUCAGGCCAAUGUUAAGGAAACCAGGGAAAUGGUGUGCAAUGCACGUUCACAUCGCUUGGCAGAUUUACCACCAUCAACAGAAAGUCAAGAAACAGAUGCAAUCGGACCCACAUAAACUGGACUUCGGAUUGAAACCUGAAUUCCUGAGCCGCCCACCAGGUCCCAGUCUCUUCGGAGCCAUCCACCAUCCCCAUGACCUGGCACGACCGUCCACUUUGUUCUCCGCUGCUGGUGCUGCACAUCCAGCCGGGACCCCUUUUGGGCCCCCACCCCAUCACAGCAACUUCCUCAACCCAGCUGCUCACUUAGAGCCUUUCAACAGGCCAACCACAUUCUCUGGUCUUGCGGCAGUGGGUGGCAAUGCCUUCGGGGGACUUGGAAACCCGUCAGUUACACCCAACUCAAUGUUCGGCCACAAGGAUGGCCCCAGUGUGCAGACCUUUAGCAACCCUCACGAACCCUGGAACCGGCUUCACCGGACGCCUCCAUCGUUCCCGACCCCUCCGCCCUGGCUGAAGCCGGGGGAGCUGGACCGCAGCUCGUCCGCAGUAGCUCAUGACAGAGAUAGAGAUGUAGAUAAACGAGAUUCAUCCGUUAGUAAAGAUGACAAAGAAAGGGAGGGCAUUGAGAAGCGACACCCCAGCCACCCUUCACCAGCACCUGUCCUCCCAGUGAACUCCCUGGGACACCCCCGCAGCUCCGCUGAACAGAUGAGGAGUCAUUUGAGCACCGAGGUUCGCGAGAAAGACAAACCCAAAGAGAGAGAGAGGGAACACUCCGAAUCCCGGAAAGACAUGAAUGCCGAAGAGCACCAGGUGAAGGACAGCCACCUUCCCGAGAAGGAUACCCACGGACAUGAUGGCAGAACUGCAGUGGAUGAGUCCAAGCAGAUGUCCAGGGUCCCGUCUCCGUAUGCUAGGGCCCCCGUGGUGGAGAGCACCAGGCCCAACAGCACCUCGAGCCGAGAGGCUGAGAGAAAGAGUGAGCCAGCCUAUGAGAACCCGAAAAAGAGUGGUGCUGAGGUCAAGGUGAAGGAGGAGCGGAAGGAAGACCACGAUGUGCCUCCAGAGGGACCUCAGACACACCGGUCAUCUGACCCUCCACCGCCGCCCAUCUCAACGACAUCCAACGUGCACCCAGGACCCUUGGUCUCCAUGCCCAUGACCGUGGGAGUGACCGGCAUCCAUCCCAUGAACAGUAUCAGCGGCCUGGACAGGACUCGUAUGAUGACUCCAUUCAUGGGGAUCAGCCCCAUUCCGGGAGGAGAACGGUUCCCGUACCCUUCUUUCCACUGGGACCCGAUACGGGAUCCACUGAGGGAUCCCUACAGAGAACUAGAUAUCCAUCGGAGAGAUCCACUGGGCAGGGACUUUCUGCUGAGAAAUGACCCCCUCCACCGUCUCUCCACACCCCGGUUGUACGAAGCUGACCGAUCGUUCAGGGACAGGGAGCCCCAUGACUAUAACCAUCACCACCACCAUCAUCACCACCCUCUCUCCGUGGACCCCAGAAGGGAGCACGAGAGGGGAGGCCACUUGGAUGAACGGGAACGGUUGCACAUGCUCAGAGAAGAUUAUGAGCAUGCCCGCCUCCACUCGGUCCAUCCCACCACCCUGGACGGCCAUCUCCCCCACCCCAGCUUAAUCACUCCAGGACUGCCCAGCAUGCACUAUCCCAGAAUCAGCCCCACCACGGGCCACCAGAACGGACUUCUUAACAAGACCCCUCCCACAGCAGCUCUGAGUGCACCUCCACCCCUCAUUUCCACGUUGGGGGGCCGUCCAGUCUCCCCGCGGAGGACUACUCCUCUGUCAACAGAGAUGAGGGAGCGGCCUCCUUCCCAUACUCUUAAAGACAUCGAAGCCCGGUAAGGAGAGAUGCAGAGCGAGAGAGAGAGAGGAAACUGUCCAUGAACGUACUGUUAGAUGGACAAACAGAACUCCUGCAUCUUUAACACGGACUGUGGAUGUGACAAGACCCUAAACCUCCGUCCCCCUGUAAAAAUGUAUAGACUUGAGUGCAAAGAUUUUGAAAUGUUUUUGUAUAUUCUAUGUUGAAAUUUUCCAGAUCUUUAGCCAAGUCAUAUGUUUUUGUGUCUCCUACUCUAUUUUGUUUCUCGUACAAAACUUUUUUGAUUUGAACCAAAAGGAAACAGUGGAGAUGACUCUAUAAACAAACACAAUUUUUUUUGGGGGGUGGGGGGGAAAACAACCGAACCUUUUGAAAAAAGUCAACAGAACCCACCGUACAAAGCUGUUUCAGACCAGAAGGGAAGGCCAUGUACAUAUUCAUGUAAAAAGAAGGCUUUGUAGGCUGACGGUUCAUAUAUGCAAAAGGGUGUGAUGAAAGCUUUACUUUGUACAAAUGUAAAUAGAUAAAAUUAAGUCACAUAAUACAUUAAUACUUCUUAAAAUGUGCUAUUUGCAAACUUAAUAUUGAUGAACAUGGUCGGCUUCCGCCAUGUUCCCAUAUAUUAUAGACAGCUAAACCCCUUCAACUAUGCAAUCAAUGUGAGGGCUUUUAACAGAAGCCUUUCGAACUCAAAGGAGCCUUUUCAAAUCCAUUUACAACAUACUUAAGGUCAUAUUUUCCCUGAACGAGCUCUUAAUGUGAUAUGACUUGUUUUCCUAGCUUUUGUUUUUUUUGUUUUUUUUUUUUUAAGCAGAGAAACAUCUUUCUUAGCAAGUUAGACCCCAGGCUCUGGAGACAUUCACCUGAAGUCAUUGUUUGUGGGCAUUUAAGAAAGUCCUGUCUCAUGUGUUGGGCCAUGGGGCAGCUGGUGACAGAGAGGAUGGGAUUUUCAGAUGCCAGAAUCUGGUGACGAACAUACUCUUGUGUCAGUCAAAUGCUAGAAAGUCCCAAGAUCUUGUUAACGUAAAUCAAAUAAUUCUGCAAACACACCUUCUCUUGUUGGGAACCAUGCUUCCCCCCUUCCCCCACCAGUGUAUCAUUUUCCCCUCUGUGCACAGUUUCUUUCUUUUUUUUUAAAUAAGGCAUUUAAUAACACCCAAACAAAUCCUGAAAGAAAGCUAAUAGUUUUCUAAGAUGAUGGAUAUGUUUUUACUGUGUUUGAUAGUUAAUGACUUGAAGAUGCAAAUUUCUCAUUGUGGUUCACUGUAUUUCAGUUGGUAAUAAAGUCUGGGAAGAGCCUAACAGGUCAGCCUUGUUGUAUGCAGACAUCAGAAGGCAACACAGGCUGGGUGAAAAUAUUUGUUUUAAGGUUUGCAUCCAUCCUCUGUCUCUUCAUAACACUUUUUAUAAUACAUUAAGCUUCUUGUCCACAUAUUUGGAGAGAAUAUGACUUUACUAUCAGAGAAAAUACAAUAUAUCUUGUCUACUGGACUGUAAAAUAUAUGUAUGAAAUAAAAUUAGUUCCAUUGGUCUUCUAGCGUAUUAAAGUGCUAUCUGAAGUUGUUAUCCUGUUUUUGCAAAAAACAAAAAACCAAAAAAAAGACAACAACCAAAAACCAAAAAAAAAAAAAAAA